AUGCGUUCUAUUCUUUUGGUCUGCCUCAUCGCAACUGCUUAUGCAGGCAUUUGCCCCAGCAAUGGCGGCAUGAACGAUCAGAUCCGUCAAAAGUUUUUGGACGUUCACAACGAGUUAAGGUCGCUGGUGGCUAAUGGAAAAGCCAAAGACGGUUAUGGAGAUUAUGCUCCUAGGGCUGCUGCGAUGAACAAACUGCACUCAAACACUAAAGGUCUUGGAGAAAACAUCUAUAUGAGCAGCGCAGCUUAUGACCCAGUAAAAGCUGCCGAGGAUGCUUCAAGAUCAUGGUUUGGGGAACUCGCUCAGAAGGGAGUUGGCAAAGACCUCACCUUUAGCAUGAAACUAUUCAACAAUCAUGUUGGGCACUACACACAGAUGGUCUGGCAGUCUACAAAAGUUAUUGGUUGCGCUGUUCAAAGCUGCCCUAAGAUGUCCUUGGCUGUCUGCAAUUAUAAGGAAGCAGGAAACAUGCUGAACGCCAAGAUCUACGAAACAGGAACACCGUGCUCGAAGUGCCCAGGAGGAUGUUCUGAAGGUCUAUGCGUCGUUUAG